CUUCUUGUGUUUCUUGCCUACUUCUUACCCAAAUUGUCUUUCUUAUUAUCCCGUUUCUUUCUUUUACAUUGUCACAGUCGAACGACUCGGCGUUCAUUCUUGGAUUCCUCGCACAAGUCAACUUUACAUGUCCAUUUUUUCUUUAUCUUACUUAUUAUCUCAUGGCUUCUUUGUCAAAUCUUGCAAGUGGGUAGAAUAUUGCAGAAAACCCCAACCUCCUGCUACUAAUUCAAUUCUGCUUACACUCCCAAAUGUAUAUAUGUGAAGGAUUGGUGAAGGAGAUGGGAUUUCAACUUUGAAGAAGUGCAUAAGAUAACAUAUGGGUUUGGUAAGGCUUUUUCUGGGUUCUGUUCUUGGUGUGUUGGGUUUGUUAGUAAAUGCAGUGGUUUUGUGUAAUGGAGGAACCACAAGUGCUUUCGUGAGGCAAGUUGAGAAAACUGUUGAUAUGCCCCUUGAAAGUGAUGUCUUCCAUGUGCCUCCUGGUCAUAAUGCCCCUCAACAGGUUCAUAUAACACAAGGAGAUCAUGAAGGGAAGGGGCUGAUAGUGUCAUGGGUUACCAUGGAUGAUCCUGGUUCAAGUACAGUCCUAUAUUGGAGUGAGAAUAGCAAGCACAAGAACAAGGCCAAGGGCACUGUUGUUACCUACAAAUUCUACAAUUAUACUUCUGGUUACAUUCACCACUGCACCAUUAAAAAUUUGGAGUUUGACACGAAAUAUUACUAUGAAGUAGGGAUUGAACACACAACAAGAACUUUCUGGUUUACAACUCCCCCUGAGGUUGGCCCGGAUGUCCCAUAUACAUUUGGUCUCAUAGGGGACCUGGGUCAGAGUUAUGAUUCAAACAUGACUCUUACUCAUUAUGCAUUGAACCCAACAAAAGGAAAAACAAUGUUGUUUAUGGGGGACCUCUCUUAUGCCGAUAACUAUCCAAAUCAUGAUAAUGUCAGAUGGGAUACAUGGGGAAGGUUCACUGAGAGAAGUGCAGCCUAUCAACCUUGGAUAUGGACUGCAGGAAAUCACGAGAUUGAUUUUGCACCUGAAAUUGGUGAAACAAAACCCUUUAAGCCUUACACUCAUCGUUAUCGUGUCCCUUACAAAGCAUCUAAUAGUACCGCACCCUUUUGGUACUCAAUCAAGAGAGCGUCAGCAUACAUCAUCGUUCUGUCUUCAUAUUCGGCGUAUGGCAAAUACACUCCUCAAUACAAAUGGCUCGAGGCAGAGCUUCCAAAAGUAAGCAGGAGUGAGACGCCAUGGUUGAUUGUUCUUAUGCAUGCCCCAUGGUAUAAUAGCUACAACUAUCAUUACAUGGAAGGGGAAACUAUGAGAGUGAUGUACGAGCCGUGGUUUGUAAAGUACAAAGUUGAUGUUGUGUUUGCUGGUCAUGUCCAUGCCUAUGAACGAUCAGAACGCGUUUCCAACAUUGCUUACAAUAUUGUAAAUGGCAUCUGCUCUCCUGUAAGAGACCCAUCUGCCCCUGUAUACAUAACCAUUGGCGAUGGUGGAAAUCUUGAAGGCUUAGCAACCAAUAUGACGGAGCCACAACCAACAUACUCAGCUUUUCGCGAAGCUAGUUUUGGUCAUGCCAUUUUUGAUAUCAAGAACCGGACACAUGCGUAUUAUAGUUGGCAUCGUAAUCAAGAUGGGUAUGCUGUUGAAGCUGAUUCUUUAUGGUUUUUCAACCGAUUUUGGCAUCCAGUCGAUGAUUCUACAAGCACCCAAUGAUGAUGAUAUUAAGUCCAAGAAGAAAAAAGAAACCAACAAAUAAGGAAAAUUUGAUGGAUGAUAUAAUACUGCUUUUGUUGUGUACUCUAGAAUAAAUACCCACCAUUCAUAGUCACUAAACAUUUCAGGCUUGUUUUUGUUGAAUCCUUCACUCAUUUCAUCUCUUUUUAUGUGUUCACUUGUUCUACAUUGUUUGCCAGUCUAUUGAUGCUUGUUAUUGUGGAACCAGGGCCAUAAAUGAGCCAAACCCUAGGUGAAUAAUAGAUUGUUCAAGUUUGGUUCAAAUACUUUACAAGUUGUAAAACGUGUUCACAUUUGAUUUGUUUACAUAUAACGAGCCAAUCUCAAACGAGUUGAACACAA